UGGGUCGUAGCCCCUGCGUUUGCCACAGACUCCUGUGUUACAGAGCCUGUGUGCCAGGCAUUCUGGACAGAAAAGGGCAGAAGUGACCAUUAGCUGGACUGCUGUGCAGGGGAGCAGUACUAGACAAAGUUGGAAAGAAACAGUGUCCCAAAGACAUGUUAACAGAGGAUUCAGAAACUGACGAGAAUUGAGCUUGAUACCUGGAUUGAAAUUGGUUCUGGAUUGACCUCUAACAUCUGGGGACCCAGACCCAGGACCAUGGGACCCCAGCACUUGAGCCAUGUGCAGCUGCUUUGCCUCCUAGGGGCCAUCUGCGCUCUGCCUUGGGCUGGGGCUCUUUUGUGCUACGAAGCAACAUCCUCACUCUUCAGAGCAGUUUCUCUCCAUAACUGGAAAUGGCUCCUGAUGAGGAGCAUGGUGUGUAAGCUGAGUGAGGGCUGUGAGGAGACGCUGGUGUUCAUCGAGACCGGUGAAGGGUCCAGAAGGGGAGUUGUGGGUUUUAAGGGCUGCAGCCCAGCCCCAUCUUAUCCCCCGCAAGUCUCCUACCUCGUUUCACCGCCUGGAUUGUCCAUUGCCUCCUACAGCCGCGUCUGCAGGUCAUAUCUCUGCAAUAACCUCACCAACUUGGAUCCUUUUGUGAAACUCAAGGCCAACACUCCUAAGUCUACAGCAUUUGCUUCCCGUAGUUGCCCAACCUGUGUGGGCGAACACUCUAAGGAUUGCCUCCCAUAUUUUGUCACCACCGAUUCUUGUCCCUACGACGCCUCUCAGUGCUACAGUUCCACCUUAAAAUUUCAGGCAGGGCUUCUCAAUACCACCUUCCUCCUUAUGGGCUGUGCUCGUGGACAUCAGAAACUUCUGGCGGACUUUCACCAUAUCGGAAACAUCAGAGUGACUGAGGUCCUCAACAUCAUAGAGAGGGCCCAGAUUGCUGGUGCGGAGCCCUCCGGUCGGAGUCCUGCUUGGGGCAUCCUCUCAGGGCUGCUUCUGCUUGUCUUCAGGGACUGACAGUCCGGCUGGAAUGGACAGACCCCUCCCCAUAACCCAAUAAACUCACAGAGUUGCCUUUC